UCUUUCCUGAAGAUAUCGAUCCAACAUUGUGCACACAUAUUUCUUAUGCAUUUGCUAACAUCGUCGAUAACGCAUUAGUUGCGUACGAAUGGAAUGACGAAAACGGCGAGUGGUUAACCGGAAUGUACACCAGAGUUAACAAUUUUAAAUUGAAGCAUAAGAACCUGAAAACAAUGUUGGCUGUCGGCGGUUGGAAUAUGGGUUCUCUUCCAUUUACCCUUGUAAUUUCUAGCAAAGCCAAUAGAAAAAAGUUCAUCGAAGACGUAAUUACAUUCCUUCGCAAAAAUAACUUUGAUGGUUUAGAUAUCUGCUGGAUAUUUCCGACAAAAAGAGGAAGUCAAUCAGAUGACAAAGAAAAAUUUGGCGACUUACUUAAGGAAAUGAAAGAUGCGUUUAAGAAUGAAUCAAAAGAAAAGGAACUCCUUCUCGGAAUUAUUGUAGGGUCUGAAAAAACAUUGAUAGAUGAAGCCUACGAUAUUGAUGCUAUAAAUAAAUCUGUUGAUGUAAUAUCAAUUAUGUCGUACGACUUUUAUUCACCUAAAGAUGCUGAGUAUGCGAUGCACCCCAGUGCUCUUUACUCUGGUACCUUCACAACUGGGGUGGACUACGAAAGAAGUGUCAACUUUACAGCUUCUUACUGGAACAGUCUUGGUGUUCCUAAGAAAAAGAUUAAUAUCGGUAUACCAUUUUAUGGUCGCAGUUUUCUCAUUGGGUCGCAUAGCCCUCAGAACAUAAAAGAAGGUCUUCCUUCUUUCGGUGAAGGAACUAAAGGAAUAUAUACAAAAACCAAAGGCUUUCUAGCUUACUACGAGACAUGUGAGCUUUUAAAAAGCUCAACAAGUGUUUUCAUGGAAGACAGAGGAGUCCCCUUUACUGUCGUGGACAAUGAUUGGAUUGGUUACGAAAACAACCAGAGUGUAGCAUUGAAGGCUAAUUUUGCCCUGCAAAACGAUUACGGUGGUUUGAUGUUUUGGUCACUGGAUCUGGAUGAUUUCAAGGGAGAAUGCAAUGGUGAAAAAUAUCCGCUUCUUAAAGCUGCUAACAUAAUUGUCAAUAAUAAUUACACCCUAAAUGAAAAUACCACAGUUUCCAGUCAAUGAGUCGUGUUAAGGGCAAGAAGAACUGUUACGAAAUUAACUCAGCUCCUGUUGAAAUUUGCGGACAAUAUCCCAAUGAAUAGCUUUGUAUCUUUGUUAGCUUAUGUGUAAGUGGCCAAAUUAAGAACCAUAUAAUCGUUAUAUAUAAGGACCAGAAUAAAACAGACUGCAAAAUUUAAAGAAAACAGUAACAUUUAAUCAAUUCUUAUCGAUUUCUAACUCAUAUUUCGGUUGGCGCAAUUAAUAGUAUUUUUAACAUUUUAGAGUCUUACGUAUAUUAAUGUAUUUUUUUUGAAAAUAAAAACCAAAUAUUGCAUGUAUAAUUGGCA